CAAAGUUGUAUUCGAGAGAAAAUUUUAUCUUCAUACGCGGUCAUGCUACUGACUAAUGCACUUUUUCUGGCUGCAUUGCAGCUCGUAAUAGGAAACUACACACCUGAUUGGAUCUCUUUGGAUUCCAGGCCAUUGCCAGAUUGGUAUGACGAAGUUAAGAUCGGCGUUUUUAUUCACUGGGGUGUGUUUUCUGUCCCAGGAUUCGGAUCAGAAUGGUUUUGGUCUGAUUGGGAAGGAAAAGAGCCAAGUUUUGUAGAAUUUAUGAACAAAAAUUAUAAACCAGGUUUUACAUACCCAGAAUUUGCAUCAGAUUUUACCGCUGAGUUUUACAACCCAGAACAAUGGGCAGACAUUAUAAAAGCCAGUGGUGCAAAGUAUGUUGUGCUGACUAGCAAACAUCACGAAGGUUACACACUAUGGCCAUCCAAAGUAUCUUGGAAUUGGAAUGCUAUGGAUGUAGGACCUAAAAGAGAUCUUUUAGGUAAGUUAAAACACUUUUUGAAAUUCUUUCAGACUAAAUCCCUCCCUGAGCUCUUUGAGCUAGUGAAUAAUUAUAAACCAGAAGUCAUUUGGUCAGAUGGUGACUGGGAAGCGCCGGACACUUAUUGGAAAGCAAAAGAAUUUUUAGCUUGGUUAUAUAACGAAAGUCCAGUUAAGGAUGUAGUAGCAGUUAAUGAUCGUUGGGGUAUGAAUAUUCCAUGCCACCAUGGAGGUUACUACACAUGUACUGAUAAAUACAAUCCAAAAAAAUUGCAACCUCGUAAAUGGGAGAAUGCCAUGACUUUAGAUAAAGGAUCCUGGGGAUACAGAAGGAAUUUACAAUUAUCAGAUUACCUUACAACCGAUGAGCUUAUUACAACUCUUGCUGAGACUGUCAGCUGCGGUGGUAAUCUUCUCCUAAAUAUUGGACCAUCACCAGAUGGUCGUAUUAUUCCAAUCUUCGAAGAAAGACUCCGUGAUCUUGGAUCGUGGUUGGAUAUCAAUGGUGAAGCUAUUUAUGAAUCUAAACCAUGGAAAUUACAAAAUGAUACAGUCACUCCUGAUGUAUGGUACACUUCUAAAGGUGAUAUUGUGUAUGCAGUUGUUCUCAACUGGCCGAAGACUGAUACAAUUACUCUCUCUAAUGUUCUGGCUGUUACCCCAGGAACAAAGAUUACGAUGCUAGGCUAUCCAAAUGAUCUUGAUUUCAGUCAAUCUGCUAAGGGUGUUAUGAUUUCUUUCCCUGCUUUAACGCCAAACACUAAUGUUAGCCAAUGGGCUUGGGUGUUGAAAUUUGAAUUUGACAGAUAAAUAAAGUUUUUUCUACUCGUUGUAUCGUCCAAUUUGAUCGAAUUUUGCUUUGUGUAUUAAAUGUAUUUAUAAAAAUCUAUUUUUAAUAAAUGGACACUUUUUGUAUUUGGUA